AUGCUGUACUGCAGCCGCAUUCUUCUUAAGAUGAGGGCACCACCUUUGGGCUACAGUCGCAGGGACUUUGUGAAGAAGCUGCGCUCGCCACGUGCGUCGAAGCCAUGGCGAAACCGCAGUGCAGUGUCUGGUGGGCAGAUUGAAGUUUCGUCGAGCACAGAGGACGGCGCAGUGGGGGACCUCGUUGCACGCCCACCACUUGGCAUCCGUGACGUACGUGCGGGCACUUCUGCUGCUGUUGCUGCUCCUGGCAUGGCGGCACUGCCAGAAAGCACCACCAAUGCGGUUACUUACAACGGAGAGUCUGCGGCUGGACAUGAGAAGAGCCUAGAUGCACCGUUGGCGUCUCCACCCGCACCACUCGCCAGACUACCCUUCGGUAAGGCAUUGGAGCUGAACGUGGAGAAGGUGAAUACAUACGAGGAAGGCCCUAUUCCUUUGCACCUGCAGCAGUUCCGCCGAAGCAGGCGUGAGGCGGCGGAGUCUAUAUUACUUCCCCGCCACAUUAACCGCCUGUUUCACAAAAUCAUGGGAUGGUCUGAGGAGAUUGUCGACAUUGAGUCGGAGGGGGCAUCACUUGCCACCAGCCAAGUCGAAAGUUCGGAACCAACACAAAAACAAAACCAAGAACAGCAACAGAUGCAGAAGGAUGCACCGCUUCUGAGACGGAAAUAUGGUAAACUCGCUGAUAAGAUGAAAUAUGGCGUGCUAUUGGACAGUUACGAAAAGGAUAAGUUCGCAAUUGAGCACCAGUUGGAGAUUGCUGGGGAGCGCUUUGAGCGUAAGUUCCUGGAUUGGGAAGGCAUGCACGUGCUGGACCAAGAUCCAAGUGCCGCCAUGGAAGAGGUGCGCGAGAGCAAGAGUUCAAUUGUGAUUGAUCAUCCGUCUUCCUUCCGCAUCCCGUUUGUGAACAGAGACUGCUGCCAGGGCUGCGGGGCACUCCUCCAGGACAAGGAUGAAAAUGCGUUCGGCUAUGUCCGCAAAGGUGAUGUUGAGCGGUACAUUAUUGACCGGCAGCAAAAGAUGAAGGCCCGGGCGGCGUACGCCGACCGUAUGUCUGAGCUGCAGGCCCACUGGCAGAAGCACGGCCGCCAUGUCGGCGAGGAGUGGCUAGACUUCAUGACACAGGAGGAGUUCGACGCCUUCUACAAGGACCGCAGCGCGCCCUUCGUUUGCCACCGCUGUCACGCACUGGAGAAUCUCGGCGUGGAGGGGCGGCGGCGUGUGUGGUCGGCGCCCGACUUCACAGAGAAGUUGCGCGCCCUGCGAGAGAAGAAAUGCGUGGUAGUGCUCGUAGUCGACAUCACCGACUUCCCUGGUUCGAUGGUGUACGACCUGCCAGGGCUCAUAUCAAUGAACAAUGAUGUCAUCAUCGUGGUGAAUAAGAUGGACUGUAUUCGUAACCGUUCCUUCAACUAUACGGGCAAAGAUAGAGCCAUCGCCAGCCGCCUCGUGACAGAGCGGUACGUGCGCCGGUGGGUGACUGACAUCGCCGUGCAGUUUGGCUUGCCGCGCCACCAAAUAAGGAGCGUCAUUCCCAUUUCUGCGAAACGGGGAUGGAAUAUUGAGGCGCUCAUUGCUGCGGUAGAGGAGACGUCGAAUCUAAAUCUUACCCGCCCGAUAAAACCCAUGCCGACUUACUUUGUUGGUGUGGCGAACGUCGGCAAGUCUUCCGUAAUUAAUGCCAUUGCCCACAAGUUAUACGUCCCGCUUCCACCACACCCGGAGAGCCGCAAGGUGUAUUACACUAAAAAGUCCAGCGAUGGAUCAGAGUCAGUUUUUUGGCGCUGGCACACCCCACCCAACGUGAAUCAAGCUGAAAUGAUUGACAUUCCAUCACGCCAUGACAAGAAAGCAUCGAAGCUGCUCACCGUAUCAUCUCUUCCAGGAACAACUGUAGAGGCGAACGCAGUGCGUGUGUCGUUAACAAAGGGUGCUUCAGGUGAAUCAGCCUACCUGUUCGACACUCCCGGCCUUCUCCCACAUUGGCACCGUAAUUCUCCAUUGACACUCCUGCAAAUGCGCCGUACACUCAUUCGAAGUUAUCGCAAUCCACAGUGCUUUAUUCUUGUGCCUGGAAAUACACUUUUGCUCGGCGGUCUUGCUGCAAUCGACGUCGUGAAAGGAACAUCACGUGGAAUGCUUUUCAUGGUGUACACAUCGCAGAAGGUUCGCAGUGCCAUCAUUAACACUGAACGCUCUGACGAUUUCUGGCAGGAGCAGCUUGGAAAGGCUCUUGACCCUCCCGGCUCUCUCGAGCAACUUGGGGAGUUGCGUCUGACCGAGUCGAAGAGCUACCUCUUCGAGUGCUACCCUCGACACCGCCGCCACCCAAAGGCUGAUGUGUAUGUCUGCGGUAUUGGCUGGGUUUCGUUUUGUGUGAAUGAAGCGUGCGAUGUGGUGCUUCGGGUACGCACCCUGCCUGGCGUCAUCCACGGCAUCCGUGAGCCGCUGCGCUACAAGGACAUGAUGGCCUUCCGCGGCUGGCCCAAGUUGAAGCGGCGCUUCACCGCCGCCGGCAUGCCGGGCGGAGAGGGUGACUGGGACAAUUCCAUCGCCACUGUCGUUCGUCUCACGGCGUCCUCUGCCGGGGCCGGUGAGCCAAUAACGACAGCCGACGGUCAGACGGACAGCAGUGAGAAUAACAGUAACAGCAACAGUAAUGGUGAAAGUGACGGGGUGGGGGGUCCAGUCGCUAAAGUUGUGCACAAGGCGAUCCUCCCGCGCCACGCCCCUGCAUCAUCUGCGGCCUUCGACGCCGUGCUGGCUGACCUCGCACUGGCGGGGAGCUUACCACAGACAAAGAAAACGAGCACACAGCGGUAA